CUGUACAGUUAGUUCGGAUUUGCUUUCGUAGUAAAUCAGAUGUGCCGCAAGUUUCAAAAAAAUACUUCGAUAACAAUUUUCAAUUAUCGUUAUACUUUGUGAAAUUAAUAUUUGUCCAGUUAUUAAUAACAGUGAUAAAACUUCGUUUAUGUUGUAAUUAUACAAUAGAUUGUCGUUUUGCAUUCCUUGUGUAUCGUGAAAACUUGUGAACCGUGAGAGUUGGAAACUUGGUAACGAAUCUGCAAUAUAAAAUGCUACCGAGGAAAAAAGACAUGAAGUGGAUUAUCAUAGCAGUAUUAUGUCUAGUCAAAACUUCAUCGCAACAUGGAUCCGGGGCUCCACCUGGUGCUUGUCUGGACCAAAUGCCACGACACAGUGGCAUCCAACCUCAGUCAUCGGUGCCUCCAUACGCCAUUUCGACGUCUGCUGCCCAAGUUAGGCAGGGUGACAGUAUCAAUGUUACGAUUGGAAGUCCUUUCGGGGCUCCAGUCCCAAUUGGCGGGUUUAUAUUGCAAGCUAGGGCUAUACAGAAUACAGAACAAAUAAUAGGCAAGUUCACAUCAGUGCCACUUCCAGAGACAACGCAGAUUAUUAGCUGUCGCGGCAACAACGACACGGCGACUCAUUCAACGCCAGAAGACAAGCCACCGCUUUCUUUUACUUGGCAAGCACCUGCUGACUUCUUGGGUGGCGUCGAGUUUCGUGCAACAGUCGCCCAGAGCUAUGCAACAUUUUGGCGAAAUGUUGAGUCGUCAUUAGUGGAAGUGGUAAGCCCUGACACGGAGAUCACCACUCCUUCUCCAGUUUCCAGCACCCAGAAGACCAAACAAGAACCCCCUGUUAUUAUGGAGUCGAAGCCAAAGACAACUCCACCUCCUCUAGAUCUAAUAUACCAAGGCUGUGCAGACACAAAAUUAUGCUUCGGCGUACCUCAAAACUGUAUUUCAGCUGGGAACUGCAAAGCAAUCGUCUCAGUGUUUGUCGCUGGCGACGUCUAUACAUUCGAAAUUCAGGGCACAGAUAAUCCCAAAUAUGUUGCCGCUGGUUUGAGUUUUGACAAUAAAAUGGGUGACGACAGUGCAAUGGAGUGCGUGAGAAAUGACAAUGGGCGGGUUAAUUUAUACACAUCAUGGACGUAUCCGAAAGCUGAGCCAUACGUCAAAAGGUCUGACUCGUCACAGGAUAUAGUGCAAUUACUUGAAUCAUCGACAAUAGAUGGCAAGUUGUAUUGCAAGUUUAAACGGGACGCGGUCUCUGUGGUUAAAGGGCAGACCUUCGAUUUGGCUAAUAAUAAGUACUACUUGAUGGCGGUUUCCGGUGAUUCUAUGAAAGAUGCCGAACGCGUAGGCUUCCAUACUUUAGCUUACGAGUCAACUGGCGAGCCUCUCUCACUAGCCAGUGUAGGAGCUGCGACUGGAUCGUCAAAGCUAUUGCUGAAGUUACACGGUUCCUUUAUGUUGAUCGCUUGGAUUGGUACUGCCUCACUGGGCAUUGUUUUGGCAAGGUAUUUCAGAAAAACUUGGGUAGGAAAAACAUUGGGUGGAAAGGAUAUCUGGUUUGCUUACCACAGAAUACUUAUGGUGGCUACUUGGUUACUAACAGUGGUUGGUUUUAUACUAAUCCUUGUGGAAGUGGGAGGGUUCGCUACCACCGGAGAUAACCCUCACGCUAUUACCGGACUCGUCACUGUAAUACUGUGCUUCAUACAACCGAUUGGAGCAUACUUCAGACCUCACCCGGGUACACAAAAGCGUCCAAUAUUCAACUGGGCACACUGGCUGCUCGGCAAUGCUGCUCAUAUUUUAGGAAUUACAACAAUAUUCUUCGCCGUGUACCUUCAGAAGGCUGAGUUACCGUCGUGGACAGUAUUUAUUUUAGCUGCGUUUGUUGUUUUCCAUGUCAUUAUGCAUAUAAUACUAUCAUUAACGGUGUGCGUAUCUGAAGGCCGUAUCAGCAAUGGCCGUGUUAACUCGUUCCCAAUGAAAGACAUGUUAGGGCAUUCCAGACAAGUCAGUGCGGUCGACCGAAGCUCUGACGCGCCGUUUGCCGGCUUCAGAAAACAUCUCCUUGGAGUUUACGCGCCAAUAAUUUUAAUUUUCGUUGUAGCCGUCGUUUGUUUAGUAGCUUUAGCCCCGAUAGGUGUCUUAUAGUUCUAUGAUGGGUGCUUAAUUAAUUAUGCAUGACGAAUGGGUUUGUGUGUCUUUUCGAUAUAUAUAAACCUUACAAAAUAGUAAACAGUAAGAAAUAAUGUUAUUUAUUUCAAUUGCCUUAAUCAAUUCUAUUUCAAAGAUUCUUUAUUUCCAAUGUUCAUAAACUGCCUGGAAUCUAACAAACUUAUAACUAAACACGUUUUUAAAGCGGUUUUGCUUUUUUAAAACUUAUAAUAUUUCGAAAGGUUUAAGAAAUACUAAAUUUAACAAUGAGGUGAAUUACCUGGAAACUAUGCAUUCUUUAGAUGAGAUUUGCAUUUUGGACAUGCCUAGAUUAAAUAACUAAAAUUCUUAUUCUAUGAAGCAAUCAUUAAGAUUGGUCUUAUAAAAAUAAAAAACAUGUUAAAAUAUCGACCUUAUUCAGGUUUUUGAAAUCGUUUACAAAUAUUGGAGCAUUAUUAUCUGAGAAACUAUGCCCGGUGAUUUUAAUCAUAAUUCCACAGUCACAUGCUUUUCUUGGAAUACACAAAUAUUUUGUAAAUGAGUUUUAAUUACUAUAUUCAUCGGUUAGUUCUCAAUUUACUUUCCAAUGGAACUAGAAUGUAUAAGACAUUGAAUGUUUAUAUACUUUUAUAUCUAAUGCUUGAAGACGUAACACCUAAUAAUAAGUAGGUACGUAUGUUAAGUUAAGCACUUUCAACUAUAGUAUUUUAAAGUUACGAACUAAGGACGAGGUUGCUAAUACAAUCUUUAGCUCAAAGAAAACUUGUCGCUCCAUAUAUGUUGAUAAAAAAUAUCAAAAUGUUCUAAUCAAGGAUUUAUGGUUCAGUAAGAAAGAUUUUAUUCAACAUUGGUAUGAUUGUACACAAAAUGCACCGAUUUUUAUCACUUUAAUCUCAAAGAAUUUUGUCAGGCGAUGAAUUAAACAAUUGUAGGAUUAGCGAUUCAGGCGUUCAUGAUUAUUCAAGUAAGUUUCGGUCAUAGCGCGAAGCAGAGCCGCGACAACGAUUGUAAUUUCUAGUUGCUCUUCAUACUUAUAAAUAAGUCUGUUUUGGACACAUUCACUUAAGUAAAUGUGCAAGUUGUUUAUUAAACUAAGAAUUGCAUUUUGUUAAAAUUUAUAAUUAUGUAAGACCUUUACUUAUUUUUUAAUACUUACUAGAUAUUUACAGUUUAGCUUGAAAAGCUAAAUAUAUACUUAUACCAGUAAUUGUCCGUCCAUAAUUUCUGUGAUUCUACACAAGUUACAAUUAUGAGCAUGAUUUAAAAUUUUAUAUGAAGGUUGUAAACCCUUAUUUAUUUUAUUUAAAAAUAAAUGAUAAUUAUGUAUAUUAAUAUUUUAAGCAAACAGUAUGUUGUAAAUAAAGCUAGUAUAUGGAUA